UGUUGUUGCUGGUUUCGAACCCGCCCAUAGAUUUGCAAACGUCAUGGUUUUUCUCGCCUCAUGUCAUUUUUCUAGACAAACAGUCGAUUACAGUCGAUCCCUUUGAGGAAUGUCUUGUGUGCGUAAGCUUCGCAAAAGGACGAAAUCCCAGGAGUUAGUUUACCAAGAGCAGUGCAAGAUCGUGGCACAAGAGAAUGCCAAACGCAUAGGUCUGGGGGGAGACCCGGACCUGCAGUUUUUGCUGAAAGGUGGAGACCUACUAAAGGUGAAGUCCAGGUCAUGGAGGAAGACCCGCUUCUUUCGGCUGAACGAUGACUGCAAAACCAUGUGGCAACAGACCAGCAAGGCUUUUAAGAGUGACUCCGGCUUCAGUCUUGAGGACGUGGAAUUUGUGCGGUAUGGCCGUCAGACUGAAGGGCUGCAGAAGUACGCUGACCUGUCAAUGGAGGACCGCUGCUUCUCCAUCAUCUUCAGAGGCCGACGGAAGAACAUGGAUUUGAUCGCCUCAUCCAAAGAGGAGGCCAUGCGGUGGGUCAGUAGUCUGGAGAAGGUCAUAGCUGUCAUGGACAACCUCAACCGACAGCAGAACUCUGAACACUGGAUCUAUAGUUGCAUGCGCAAGGCAGACAAGAACGCAGACAACAAAAUGACCUUGAAGGAGCUGAAGCAUUUCCUACGUCAGAUCAAUAUUCAGGUGGACGACAGAUACGCUGAGAUGCUCUUUAAGAAAUGUGACACAUCAAUGUCAAACACUCUAGAGGGAUCUGAGAUCAAACUCUUCUAUGAUUUACUGACUUACCGUGAGGAAAUUGAUGUGAUCUAUGCCAAGUAUGCUCAUACUAAUGGACAGAUGAGCUCCAGCGACCUGUUGAACUUCCUCCAAUAUGAGCAGAGGGAGCCAGUGUCUUUGGAGUAUGUGCAGAAGCUUAUUGAGAAAUAUGAGGUGGAUGAAACAGCCAAACAGAACAAGUGCAUGAGCAAAGAUGGUUUCCAGAUGUACCUGAACAAUGAGGAAUGCUUUAUCUUUAACCCCGCCCACAAAGGCAUAUACCAAGACAUGCACCAACCACUCAAUCAUUACUUCAUUUCCUCUUCCCACAACACCUAUCUGAUGGAGGACCAGCUGAAGGGGCCUAGCAGCACAGAAGCCUAUAUCAAAGCUCUGACGAAGGGCUGCCGCUGUGUGGAGCUGGAUUGCUGGGAUGGUGCAAACGGAGAGCCGGUCAUUUACCAUGGCCAUACGCUCACAUCCAAAGUGCUCUUCAAAGAUGUCAUCAAGGCCAUCAAAGAAUAUGCUUUCAAAACCUCACAGUAUCCAGUGAUCCUGUCUUUGGAGAACCAUUGCUCCAUAGAGCAGCAGAAGAUCAUGGCCCGUCACUUAACCUCCAUCCUGGGCAGCGCUCUGCUCACUCAACCCCUGGGGGAUCAAAUGCCCAACACUUUCCCAGCACCUGAGGAGCUCAAGGGACGUUUCCUGAUAAAGGGCAAGCGUUUGAACAAAUUAGAUGCUGUAUUCAACAACAACAACACCACCGAGGAUGUGGACAGUGUUUCAGAGGAAGAUGAAGCUGCUGAGGUCAAAGAGGCUGAACAGAAACCCAAAGCAAAGAGUUCCAAAAAGAUCAAGCUGGCUAAGGAGCUGUCAGACCUUGUCAUCUACUGUAAAAGUGUCCAUUUCAGCACCUUCGAGCAUUCAAGAGACAACCACAGUUUCUAUGAAAUGGCCUCCUUCAAGGAGAGCAAAGCAAUGAACCUGGCAGAAAACUCAGCUACAGCAUUUAUUCAUCACAACAUGGAUAAGCUGAGCAGAAUCUACCCAGCCGGCUCCAGAACCGAUUCAUCCAACUACAAUCCAGUGCCACUGUGGAACGCUGGCUGCCAAAUAGUGGCUCUAAACUUCCAGACUCCCUGUAAGGAGAUGGAUCUGAAUCAGGCUCGCUUUCUACCUAAUGGCAAGUCUGGCUACAUACUGAAACCAGAGUUUCAGAGGGACCCGGCCUCACAGUUUGACCCCAAAAACCUCAGUGUAGGCCCCUCGCUUCAGAAAAAGACCUUACAUCUCAUGAUCAUCUCAGCCCAGCAGCUGCCUAAGAUCAAUAAGGACAAGCAGACGUCCAUCGUGGACCCUCUGGUCAGGGUGGAGAUCUACGGUGUGCCCGCCGACAAUGACAUUAAACAGACACAUUACAUUGAAAACAAUGGUUUCAAUCCUACGUGGAACACAAACUUCCAGUUCACUGUUAAUGUGCCGGAACUGGCUUUGGUGCGGUUUGUGGUAGAGGACCAUGAUACUGCUUCCCAUAAUGACCUGGUUGGCCUGUAUACCCUGCCCUUCACCAGCAUGCAGAACGGAUACCGCCAUGUGCCUCUGCUCACAAAAAGAGGAAGCCUCAUCGCUUCAGCGGGACUGUUUGUACACAUCAUGAUUCUUGAUAGUGAAUAGACUCCAACAUUCCCCUCAGUCACUUUAAUGUCAAAGCGUGGAGAUCACUGAACAGCACCAUCAACUAAGCUGUCCUCUGCAAACACAUAAGAUUUGGACCUUUCCGAUGUGCCUUCUGAUUUACUGGUGGUACAGAGGCAUACCUUAAUAUGCUUUUUGGAAUUAGUAUGCGUGGUUUAGUAAAAAAAAAAGAAAGAAAGUGAAAGUGUUCAGAAUUCAACAUUAAAGUCCUUUCAUAGCAUGCAAACUGAAAAAAAAACUAUAUUGUUUAAAUAAUAAAAUAUCAAAUUCAUAAAUUUAUUUAAAUAUAUUUUAUUCAAAGUUAAUUGAAAUUAGUUUUUUUUUGGGCUUUUGGCUACCAAUAAGAGGAGUACUUCCUAGUGCUGUGAAAUCGAUUAAUCGCGAUUAACCAUAUCGAAAAUAAAAGUUUGUGUUUAUCAUUGUUGGGGGUAAUGCAUUACAAGUAAUAGGAGUUACAUAAUCAGAUUACUUAACUGUUAUCAAAAUAACUGGUAAAGUAAUGCAUUACUUUUACUUUUUAAAUGAAAUUUUCAAAUAAGUAACCCUGAUUACUUUCUUUUCCCAUUUAUUCAUUGACAGCUCACCUGUCCCCGUUUCGAGAGACAUUAGGGGUGAAAUGCCGAGGCACUUCCUUUAGCCUGAGUCUUAUUCAUUUCACUUUUGGUGUGAAAGGGGCUUUACAGUUGUCAGAAUAUAACUUUCGGGAUUUCAGUUAUUAAUAAACAAAUAAGCAAGCCUAGCCCAGGUGACAAAAAGUAAUGCAAAAGUAACAUAACGCCAUAAAGUGUAAUUAAGUAACGCAAUUAGUCAUUUUUUUAUGAACUCAAUAUUGUAAUGCAUUACUUUUAUAAAAUAACUUUGCCCAACACUGGUGUUUAUGUGUGUGUACUGUGCAUGUCUACACCAGUGGUUCCCAACCUUUUUCAACUCG